AGAGGACACAAUAAGACCAAAAGCGGCGUUUUAGCAUUACCAAAUCUCAAAUUUUGAACGAGAAAGCAACGGAUUUCAUUUUGAGCAUAAUGCUGUUUUACCAAGGGCAGUCAAUGUAGCGUGUCCCAUAGAAGACGUGGGACUAGACUGCUGUGAACAAAAAGAAAUGGACGGUUUGAACAACGAAAUGGACACUAGGGUUACAAAAGAUGAGUUGACUUGCGAGAGUGACUCGGAAAUAAGUGGUACACCAACGGAUAUAAAUGGUCGCUUAUGCUCUCUAGACAAUGCCGCCUGCAUUUGCGAAGUCAUACCAUGUAAUUUAGCAUCAUGCGCAGCUAACAACAUCAACAGUCACACAUUUGAUUUCAACUUACUUCCGCAUGUUGUUAUGCUGGGUAUUGUUUCAUUCUUCGACAUCAAGGACAGGGGGAGAGUUGCCUGUGUUUGCAGAAAAUGGCAUGAGAUUUGUAACGAUCCUAGCUUAUGGAGGACAUUAAAUCUAAGUGGACGAAGGCUUGUUACUGAUGACAUUCUCGACCGACUCACUAGCCUGAGUGAUUCGGUCCUAGAACUUGAUGUUUCCGAAUGUGCAAGCUUCAGUGACAAUGGCUUGCAAACAGCAUUGCAGAAGUGCUCUGCUUUACAAGUAUUGAGAACAGUGCGGUCACCAUGCAUGACUGACAAGUGUCUGUCAACUGUUGGUCAGAUCUGCCACAACCUGCGGAUUGUUCAUCUCAGCAUGUGUUCGAUCACUGACAAGGGGAUGGAAAUGCUCUGUCAAGGCUGCCCUGAAAUCCAAGAGAUGAAGCUGAACCAAUGUCCCUUUAUAACAAGUGCUGCACUUUUUCACAUUUCUAAAUACUGUCCCAAUAUUGAUCACUUAUCUCUUGAGCAUAACAUCAAGAUCCUUGAUGAUGGUGUCAAAGAACUUGUUUCUAGAUGCCGCAGGUUAAAAAGACUGCAGUUGAACUCCUGUGGUAUCAGUGGAGAGGGGGCUAAAAGCAUAGCAUCUUAUUCUCGUCACAUGACAAUUUUAGAUAUUAGAUACUGCACAACACUCAAUGAUGACAUUGUCAAGGAGAUCGUAUGCGGAUGCCCUAACCUGGUUAUAUUGAACCUUAGUCUUUGUUUUAAUGUGACUGACAAGUCGGCAGGACAUAUUGUACAACACUGCACCAAGCUAUCCAGCCUGUAUCUUGUGCACUGCAGGAUAAGCGAUGAAGGCCUUGUGCUCUUGUCUGUGAAUGCCUUUGGCCUUGAGAGACUAGAUGUCAGCUGGUGCCAAGAGAUAACUGAUGAGGGGGUGAAAGUCUUAGUCCAUGGAUGUAAAACACUCAAGCACCUCGGACUUGUAAGGUGUGACCAGGUGACGAAUGAGACCAUAACAGAGCUCAACAUAAGCUAUCCCCAUGUGUUCCUAAGUACCUUUGUGACUGAGGUCAACCGCAUGUUCAAGAAUGGUGGCAUCUAUUCUGGUGCUCCACGAGAGGCAAACCAAUGAUGUGAACCCUAGCAUUCCAUCACACUAUUGUACCAUCCUUAUCACACAAAGUCAUGUAAACCCUAGCAUUUCAUCACACUAUUGUACCAUCCUUAUUACACAUAGUCAUGUGAACCCUAGCAUUCCAUCACACUAUUGUACCUUCCUUAUCACACAAAGUCAUGUGAACCCUAGCAUUUCAUCACACUAUUGUACCAUCCUUAUCACACAAAGUUAUGUGAACCCUAGCAUUCCAUCACACGAUUGUACCAUCCUUAUCACACAAAGUUAUGUGAACCCUAGCAUUCCAUCACACGAUUGUACCUUCCUUAUCACACAAAGUCAUGUGAACCCUAGCAUUCCAUCACACGAUUGUACAACCUUAUCACACAUACAGUAGUCAUGUGAACCCUAGCAUUUCAUCACACGAUUGUACCUUCCUUAUCACACAAAGUCAUGUGAACCCUAGCAUUUCAUCACACGAUUGUACCAUCCUUGUCACACCAAGUCAUAUUACAACAGUAUAUUCAUCAUCAUCACGCUCAAUCAAUCUGCUAGAUAUUCAUACAAUAUGUUAAAUUUUAAAACCAAGUACUAUAUCUUGGUGUGUAGCUAGUGUUGGACACACCACUCAUUAGGCCACAAAGAGGUGGUUGUUAUUUUGAUAGAUAGCCAGAUUUAUUGUAUGCAUUCUCUAUGCAGUUGUGCUUAGCUGUCUUACGCAUACACAUAUCAUUCAUUAUAUUUUGUAUGAAAUUGGAAAAGAUGUACUAAUACCGGAAAUUCUAGACCAAUAAAGAUAUAAUUAUAA